AUGCAUGUUUGGUCCUUUGAAAUAGGUCUUUUGGAGCAUUCUGGAGCAUAUGGGACAAGGAGCAUGGAGGGACUUGGCACAUGGAGCAGCUCAACUGGAUACGCAAAGGAAGAAGGGAGAAGCCAUCUUGAAGACCAGCUCGACCGUCCACUCGACCAACCGGUCGAGUUCCUCAACUCGACCGGCCAAGCUUCAACUCGAUCGAGCUGGAAGUCAAAGUCAAACCCGAAAAAUGUUGCUUCCCCCUUGACUUUCCUUUGA